AUCUUGAGAGCGACAGAGUCACCUGGUCAGCCAGCAACCUGAAUCAUUUUCAACCCCGAAAAUGGUCAAAUCGGGAAAGCUUCGGUCCGGGACGGGGUCCAAGCUCAAACGAUGGAAGAAAGGUCACAGUAGCGACUCCAACCCGCAGACGAAUCGUUUUCGACAAGCUGCGAAAAGCCGCUUCUUCAGCCGACCCAGCGGAAAGAGUGAUCUAACCACCGACGCUCUCAAGCUUCACAAUGAGCUGCAGGCAGGUCCGCUGGAGCUCAGUGCACGCGACCAUAAAGAUGCCUUCAUGGAAGAGGAGAUUGAUGAGAAGCUUUCAGAAAGAACCUCGGCCACCUUCCUCAGUGGCUUGUCUGAUUGCUCAAACCUCACGUUCAGAAAGGUGCAGCGCUUCUGGGAGUCCAACUCAGCUGCUCACAAAGAGAUAUGUGCAGUUUUGGCAGCUGUUACGGAGGUGAUUCGAAGUCAGGGAGGGAAAGAAACUGAAACAGAGUACUUUGCUGCUUUGAUGACGACCCUGGAAGUCGUGGAUUCUGCAGAGUCUCAGACCGCAGUGGCAUAUCUCCUUAACCUCGUCAUGAAACGAGUUCCUGCUCCUGUGCUGAAGAACAAGUUCUCGGACACAGCCAAGGCCCUGAUCGAUGUCAUGUCUAAACAAGCCACAUCUGACGCCUCUUCUGCACUUCGAUGGAUUGUGUUAUGCCUUGCCACUUUGUUGAGAAAGCAGGAUCUAUCGGUUUGGAGUUAUCCAUCUACUCUGCAGGCUUAUCAUGGCCUGCUCAGCUUCACAGUGCACAGCAAGCCUAAGCUCCGUAAAGCAGCACAGCAAGGUGUUUGCUCUGUCCUCAGAGGCAGCGACUUCCUGUUUACAGAUGAUGCUCCACCAUAUCACCCUGCUGCAGUUACAACAGCUAAGUUCUGCAUCAAACAAAUGGAACAGGCAGGAGGCAGUAAAGAGGACACCACCACACUUCAUGUGCUUUCCCUCUUAAAGGAGUUGAUGGGAACAUUCCCUCUGGGGUCCGUCAAGUCCUGUUGUGAAACUCUGCUGCGAGUGAUGACUCUCAGCCAUGUGCUGGUGACGGCCUGUGCCAUGCAGGCGUUUCACAAGCUGUUCAGUGGGAAGCCGAAUCCGUCGUCCCUUUCAGCUGAACUCAACGCACAGAUCAUCACGGCGCUGUAUGAUUACAUUCCCAGUGAGAACGACCUGCAGCCUCUGCUGGCCUGGCUUGCUGUCAUGGAGAAAGCGCAUGUAAAUCUCGCAAGUUUGCAGAGUUCUCUGAGUUUGGGUCACCUCCCUCGUCUCUUCUCUACCACCAUGUCCUGCCUGUUGUCACCACACACACAGGUGGUUUCUACAGCCGCCAACACACUGAAGACUUUACUGACUGAAUGUGUUGCCCCUCACAUGGAGGAAAUGGGGAUGAUCACCACCAACUCUUCUGCAGGGAACCCCUCAUAUGUCUGCAAAAUGUUUCGUAUCGUAGAGGAGGGGUUAUCGUACCGCUUCCACGCCUCCUGGCCCUUUGUGUUGCAGGUCCUUGGUUGCUUUUAUCGAGUUGCAGGAAAACAAGCUCACACCAUCAUGACCAAGUCGCUGCUGUCUCUGGCAGACCUGCGCUCCACUCCUCAGUUCCCCUACAGUGGUGAGUUGGACCUGGCUGUGGGAGCAGCUGUGGAAAGCAUGGGCCCUGAGGUGGUGCUGGCUGCGGUGCCUCUCAACAUCACCGGCAUCAAUGACGACCUGGAGUUCCCGCGCAGCUGGUUGAUCCCCACCAUACGCGAUCACGUGAAGAACACUCGCCUUGGGUUCUUCACUUCCUAUUUCCUCCCUCUGGCUUCUACACUCAAACAAAGAGCUGAAGAGCUGGAACAAUCGGGAAAGAAACUAGAAGCAAAAGUCUACCAGACGUUACAGCUUCAGAUUUGGACUAUGCUUUCUGGCUUCUGCACAUGUCCGGUGGACCUGGUGGUGUCUUUCAAAGGUUUGGCUCGCACGCUGGGCAUGGCCAUUAAUGAACGACCAGACGUGAGACUCUCGGUGUGCCACGCGCUCCGCACUCUAAUCAACAAGAGCUGCUCCACGGAGGAAGAAAAAGUUGAAUUAGGACAUUUCUCUAAGAACUUCCUACCCAUCCUUUUUAACGUGUACAACCAGAAGCCUGCAGAGGGAGAGUCAGGAACCUAUAGGAUGGCUGUGCUGGACACCAUCAAAGUUUACUUAACUGUCACUGAAACACAGUUGAUCUGCACGUUCCUGCAAAAAGCUUCUGACAUGCUGACGAGCACUGAGAGCACAGAGUUCACACGACUGGCAGUGAUGGACCUUGUGGUUGUGAUGGCUCCCUUUGUAGAUGAGCUCACCAUGACUAAAACUUUUGAGCUUGUUAGACCAUUUUUGGAGGUCAAAGAGCCCGGCAUGCAGAAGAAGGCAUACCGCGUGCUGGAGGAGAUGUGCGGAGCAGAGAAAGACGAGUGCAAAUCAUUUGUCACGUCUAAUCUGGAAACACUCAAACUUGUCCUUCUUGAUACCCUGAAAAAUGCAUCUUCACCAGCAAAGAGGCCAAGACUGAAGUGUCUCAUCCAUAUUGUGAAAAGAUUAGAUGAGAAACACAAAGACUUCAUCAUUGCACUGCUGCCAGAGGUGAUUAUUUGUACCAAAGAGGUUUCUGUUGUAGCUCGUAAAAACGCUUACAUCCUGCUGGUGGAAAUAGGAAAAGCUUUUGUUCGUUUCUGUGGGAACACACAAGAUGCCAUGGAGCAGUUUUUGGUUCUGAUGUACGCCGGACUCACCGGCUCCGUCACCAUGAUCACUUGCACCAUCUUGGCCCUAACGCGUAUAGUGUUUGAGUAUAAAGACUCUAUAGAGGUGUCCACGUUGGAGCAGCUGCUGUACAACAUCUGUCUGCUGCUGUCGUCUCGUACCAGGGAGAUCGUCAAAGCAUCUUUAGGCUUCGUCAAGGUCAUCCUCUUCAUCAUGGACCCCAAAACACUGGCCUCACAUGUCACAGUCAUGAUGGAGGGUAUUGGAAACAUCAAGGAUGAUGUCAGACGACACUUCAGAACCAAACUGAAAAACAUCUUCACCAAGUUUAUUAGAAAGUUUGGUUAUGAGCUGGUGAAGAGCAUGCUGCCUACAGAACACCACAAGGUGCUGGCAAACAUCCGCAAGGCCGAGGCUCGAACCAAGAGGCACAAACAAGCAGCUGAGGAGCACAAUGACUCAGAGAGCGAAGAGGAGGCUCCUAAAACAAAGAGUGACAGUAUCGAAGACAUCCUUGCCGAGUCCGACAGCGAUUUGUCCGAGGAGGAAGGAAAGCCUCGGAAGAAAUCGAGCAAACAGCAGAAAGGACAGGCGUGGCUCAAAGAGGGAGAGGAAGAUGACCCGCUUAACUUCCUGGAUCCAAAGGUUUCCCAGAGAGUUUUAGCCACAAACCCAGCUCUGAAGAAGACUUCCAAGGUCAAACAUGGCUUUAAAGUGACCUCAGAUGGACGGCUGAUUAUUAGAGAUGACGACGAUGAGGACGCCAAGGGCAAAGACGGAAAAGAAAUGAACGAUAUUCUUGAAGAAGCAGGAGUCAGAAGUAAAAAGUCACAGAAGAAGAAGUUUAAAGAUGAUGACUCUGACGACGACAUGGACAUCGAACCUCAGUUUAAAUAUAAAGCUGGCGGCUCAGGAAUCCACAGACCUGUGGGACGAAGCCAAGAUAUAGGAGUUGAUUAUAAAUCAAAGAAAGGAAAAGGAGACGUGAAGAAAAAGGGAAAGCUUGAUCCUUACGCUUACAUCCCUCUAAGGAAGGAUCAACUCAACCGCCGGAAGCGUGCCAAGCUGCACGGUCAGUUUAAGGGUAUGGUGCGAGGAGCCCAGAAGGGGGCGCUGUCUGGAAAGAAAAUGCAGAAGAAAAAAAGGAAAGCCUGAAGAUCAUGUUCAUAUUGAAUAGACUGAUUAUGUGUGUUAUGGCCUGAUCUGUAACAUGAUAAAACGAGGACACACACACACUCUGUACGUGUGAGAAGGGCUGUUUUGUUUUUAAAAUGUGCCAUGUUUCAAAAGUUCUGCUCAUAAAACAGCCAAACCCUUUCAAACAUGCUGCUCCUGCAUGAAUGUAAACGGUGAAAUCAAAUGGAAGACUGCAUUUUGACCUGCAUCAGAUAAACUUCAUUUGAAAGGGGAACACAUUUAUAUUAAAGGUUUAUCACUGCACAACGAAGGCAGACAAUUAUGUUUUUGCUUGUGUGUGUUUUACAAAAUGUCUCA